AUGUCAACAACACUCCCAAGCCUCUUCUCCCUAGAAGGCGAAACCGCCAUCAUAACAGGCGGCACGCGAGGCAUCGGCCAGGCGAUGGCCUACGCACUGGCAGAAGCAGGCGCCGAUAUCGUCCUAAUCCAGCGCGACGAAUCCAACAAAACAACCCACGACACCAUAAAAACCCAAUACAAGAGAAAAGCAUACAUCCACGUGGCCGAACUAUCAGACCGAAAAGCUCUAAAAGCCAUCCUGCCAGCCCUAGUCUCCCAAGAAAUCCACCCAAUGAUCCUCCUCAACUGCGCCGGCAUCCAACGCCGGCACCCGAGCGCCGAAUUCCCAGACGAAGACUGGGACGAAGUCCUCAACGUGAACCUGACGUCGGUCUUCACGCUGUGCCGCGAAUUCGGCGCCUACCUGCUCUCGCGGCCCCCCUCCGGGGGUACCGGGAACGGCAGACGCGGGGCGAUAAUCAACGUGGCGUCGCUGCUGAGCUUCCAGGGGGGUAUCACGGUGCCGGCGUACGCGGCGGCCAAGGGCGGGGUGGCGCAGCUGACGAAGGCGCUGUCGAAUGAGUGGGCCGCGCGGGGGAUCAAUGUGAAUGCGAUUGCGCCGGGGUAUAUUGCUACUGAUAUGAAUACUGCGUUGAUUCAGGACGAGGAGCGGAAUAAGGGGAUUAUGGCGCGGAUUCCGGCCGGCAGGUGGGGGAGGCCGGAGGAUUUUAAGGGGGUUGUUGUUUUCCUGGCGGGAAGGGCGAGCGCGUAUGUUUCUGGGGAGGUGGUUACUGUUGAUGGGGGAUGGAUGGGACGGUAA